UAUUGGACAUACUAGAACUGCCCCACAGGGUUUCCAAGGAGCACCUGGUGGAUUUGAACUGCUGACCUUUAAGGGAGAGUUUUUUAAGAAGAGGAUAGUUGUUCAGAGACUGGAUGAAAGAACAAGUGUUUGAGACAGUUCAUGGCAGGAAAUUUAGGGUGGGGCCAGAUUCUGAGAGGCUAUUCUAAGUGAAGGAAUUGGACUGUAACCUCUAUGAGGUAGGGAGUCAAACUUUACAACUGGGGAAGGAAUACUACAGUUUAUUAAAAUAUGUGCUGUGUGGAGGAUAGAUUACAGAGUUGGGAGAAUCUAAAGCCUUUCCCUAUCAGUUAGGAGGCAGAGUGAUAGAGAUAAGACUGGUAUGAGAAUUGAACAGUAAAUACCGAACAAGUAUAAUUAGUGUGUAUUGAUAUUCUGUAUAGUUUAUAGGUCCAUAGUAUAUAAUAAACUUACCUGGAAGUGGCUGCAAUUUCAUGUUUAGAAAGGGUGGUGGUUAAAGCAAAAACUGCACAGUAGGUAACUGAAUUCUGAUGUUGGAAUCUUGUCCUUAGGGAGGUAUGGUAAUCCUCCAUUAAUUACCCAAGCACAGUUAACCGCUAGGGUUAAAAAUAAUUUUAAAAUUCUUGACCGUUUGUCAGACCGUAAGUCCAUAAAACCCAGAUCACUCUAUAUGUUCUAUUAAGUUUCAGUUAAAUAUUUUCGUUGGUAAACACAUUUCUAAAAUGUUGAGCAGUUGUGAAUGCUACAAAGGAAAAUGUUUUAGGUUUAUCCUCAGCCUGAAUUAAAGAGCUAACCAUCAUUCUUGCGUACCCUUUUACACUUUAAUACUUGAAAAAUUGUUGGAAAAUGCUGUAACCUUUUUAUUAAUGUUAGUAGUAGUCUACUUGAAAAUAGUCCAGUAUGAACAAAACUUAAAAUUGGGAAUUUUUUCUAGCUUAUAAACUUUAUAUCUAAUUAUCCGUUGUUAAUAUUUUAGGUUGUAAAAAAAAGGCUAAUAAAAAUAGUGACAAUCUCUACUUUCUUUUGCAUUUUAUAUCCUUUAAAAUAGUAAAAAUCAGGAUUAGAUUCUAAGUAAAAUAAGCAAUCGUAGAAGAGUUACUUUGUAAUAUUGGUCAAGUUCUUACCUUUCCUAUAAAUUGUUAUUCUUUAAUUUUAAUCAGGUAAGCAAACUGUAAGCUGUAAAGUGGUUCAGUUGCUUCGGUAGUAAACUAUAGAAUUGCUGUUUGAACCUGUUUCAGUCUGUUGUCUCUUAGGAUAAAUAUGCUCAACCUUUUAACCAUUUUUGUGAACAGAAUGGAUGGGCUUUGAGUUUUCCAUGAGAGACGAUCACUAGAGUAAUAUCUCAUUAAUUUGGUAUUAUUGUUUUGUUAGUAAUCGAGCAUUUAUUUUAAAAAUGUUUUUGAGCACAUACUCUGAUCUGGGACAGUCCUACAUACUCUUCUGUAUAACCAAGGUUUUCCGAUAACCGAUUUUUUUUAAAUACUGAAAUUUAAUUUUAAAUCCAGUCUUCCUCCAAUAUAUAUUAAAUGCUUCCUGCCUGAAUAAACACAGAAUAAAGAAUAUUUUAAUUUUUUUAAAUAUAGAUUUAGAUCCUUGUGUUUCCUGUGACUGCUGUAAGACACAAAUUUGAUGGCUUAAACCAACAGAAAUUUAUUCUCUCACAGUUCUGGAGUCCAGAAGUGCAAAAUCAGUGUCACUCAGUGAAAAUGAAGGUUUUGGCAGGGCCACACUCCCUCCAGAGGCUCUAGGGAAGAAUCCAUUCCUUGCCUCUUGAGGCUUUUGGUGACUACCAGUAUUUCUUGGCUUGUAGCCAGGUCACUCCAGUCUUCAAAGCCAGUGUCUUCAAACCUCUCUGCUCCAUUUUUGCGUUGCUUUCUCUUGUGUGCCUGUUUCUCCUCUUCUGACUCUUACAAGGACACUUGUGGCAUUUAGGGCCCACCUGGAUAAUCCAGGGUAAUCUCUCCAUGUCAAGAUCCUUAACUUAAUCCCUCUGCAAAAUCCCUUUUUCCAAAUAAAGUGACACGUUGCAGAGAUUAGGGUCUGAUAUCUUUGGGGGUCACUAUUCAGCCUACUACAAUCCUCAAGGAGCCUUGGUGGUGCAGUAGUUAAGAGCAUGGCUGCUAACAAAAAGGUCAGCAGUUCGAAUCCACCAGCUGCUCCUUGGAAAUCCUAUGGGGCAGUUCUACUCUGUCCUGUAGCAUCAAGUGUAUUUUUAUGUCUGGUCAUAUGCUAGGUACUAGGUACAGAGAUUUUAAAAAUAUAAAACGAAUUAUGUGAUCCUGAGACCCUGCAAAGUUGUAAACUCAUUUUACUUUUUAUUUCUGCCUACCACAGGAUCAGACUUUGGACUUGAUUUUCAGAAAUGUCUACUCCGCAGCUAAAGGAGAUGAGGUUUUCUUUUAGGCAAUCAUAAAUACUUUCUGAUUUCUCACUCAGACAUUGGGCUAUGAAUUUAGAGCUUUAAGUUUAUUUUUCUCCAGGUUUUCUAGCUUACUUUGAAGCAACCAAUGAACAUCAUUAUACUUCUAUUUCCAAUAAAAUGUUCUGUGGCAGCAACUACUUGAUCACCAAAAAUCUUGUCUUUAUAGGCCUUUGAUUACAAGUGUCUACCAGUGAUUAUUUUAAGUAACUUUCGCUUCUGCAUAAUGAACUACCAAUGUCUUCUUUAUUGCUUUUAAUAUGGUCGUUAAUGGCUUUAAAUCUAGUCAGAUCAGAGAACUGAUUUCAGAUUCAUAUUCUUGUGGUUCUGUUACCCUGGAACCAAUUUUGGUACCAAUAAACUAUGUCAUGGUUCAAUCAGGAACGCAGACCUGUUCGUUAUUAUGGAAUAGGACUUAUAAUAGGAAUAAAAUCUUUUACAAUUGUAGAAGCAGGGAAGGUAAAAGUCAAAGAAGAGGGUAUUGGAGGAUCACAGAAAGUCAUUAACCAGCCCUCCUGAAACAAUGGUGUUGAUAAAUAGGUUAGAGCUUUCAAAGGGCUCUCUGGGAAGCCAGCCAUGUCCUGCUGUCAGAGUGUAACCAUAAAGUGGAGCUAAUAGAAAAGUUUAUGGAAAGUUGUCACCUAUGCAUAGCUAUUACUUCUAUGUCCACAGCCAAGAGUCUGGUUGAGAGCCUAGGAUCGCUGUUGUUCAGUAGGGUCAGCAGUUGGGAAGAAGAGCUGACCUAGAACAGGGGAGAGUGAGGAUAAACUGGAACCUGCCACAUUUAACCCUGACAGUCUUCAGAGAGUAAUGACUCCUGCUUUACUUCUGCAUAUUCUUGUGUAUAUUUUGUUUUUGGCCAAUUCUAACCUGGCACCAUACAGAAAACAUUGUUUUGGGAACUGUUUGAGCUUAACCAGGUUGACACAGUAUAGUAUAAGGUAACAUCCUUUCCCUAUAAUGUUUUCCUAUUGCACCCUAUACUUUCUUGUCAUAGCAGUUUGCAUGGUUAUACUGUUUAUUGAAUUACUUGAAUAAUAUUUGUCUUCCAUGCCAGAGACUAAGCUCCAUAAAGAAACAUUAUAUUUGUCUUAUUUACCAUUGUGUACCCAGUGCUCAUUGGAGUGCUUGACUAUAAAAAGUAUGUCUUAAAUAUUUGAUGGCUGAUUGCCAUAUGAAAGGUUGUGUGAUACUUUUUUUCCUCCUGUCCCCCCUCCUGAGUCUUGAGCUAAUGGUUAGUGCUUGAGGACCUACCUGGCUUUUACACUAGUCUCUGUUCUUUAUAGAAUACCUUUAAUGCCUGCCUUUAACUGUAAGUGAUAGGAAAUGACCACAACAAAAACUGGUGUAGCAGAAUAGCAUGGGGAUGGGGAGAUGGGAGAAGGAGUAUGUUUUCACAUGGCAGCACACAUUGGAAAGGAAUCUUAAAGCUAAUCUUAUUAGGUUAUUAUGUUUUUCCAGAUCACCGACUUUAUGUAAAGAGAAUAAUCAUGCUGAAAAGUUUUUAUCUAAAAAUUAGAAUGCAAAUACGUUUUGUAUUUGUAUAGUUGAAGAAAUAUUUGAAUGCUAUUGAUUUUACCUGAUUAUAGGAAUGAUAUUUCUACAGUCUGUGGAAGAACAAGUUAAAAAUUGUCACUACUGUAACUUACAUACAGGUGAUAUUAUAUAAACAGACACCUGACACCUUGAGGAAGAAAGAGAAGGAGAAACAAUGAAAAGUUGUUUAACUUAGAAUUUAGUAGGAACCUGUAGGUGGUAAAGAGUGAUUGUUACAUGCUACUGAGCAGGAUUUUGCUUUUCUUAAGCACUUAACAGUGAAUGAAUUUAGUGGAGGUUAAUGUUUUUAUUUCUGUUGUAGAAACAUAAAUGACCUGUUAAGUCAUACUUCUUUCAUUUAUGUAAAAAAUAAGAUUUUAGAAUUUUCCAUGGGAUUAUUAUGGAUUUCAAGUACAACAUAUUGUUGCUACAUUUUUGGAGUUACUAUAUUUACUUCUGAAGUAGUUAGAAAAGAAAAUACAUAAACAUCAGUGUCAGAAGUAAAUCCAGUUGUAAUUAAUUUUAUAUCAUUAUUUAGCAUAUAGGUUACAGUGUUAAAGUUUUGGCAUCAUGGAAGAUAAUGGACAAAAAAUUGCAAUCGAGCUCAGUAUUUCGGCAAAUGAAGAUAAAACAAUGUCUGCCAACCUAAAAUACCUAUCCUUGGGAAUUUUGGUCUUUCAGACUACCAGUUUGGUUCUAACAAUGCGUUAUUCUAGGACUUUAAAAGAGGAGGGACCUCGUUAUCUGUCUUCUACUGCAGUGGUUGUGGCUGAACUUUUGAAGAUAAUGGCGUGCAUUUUACUAGUCUACAAAGACAGCAAAUGUAGUCUAAGAGCACUGAAUCGAGUACUACAUGAUGAAAUUCUUAAUAAACCCAUGGAAACACUUAAACUUGCUAUUCCAUCAGGAAUAUAUACUCUUCAGAAUAAUUUACUCUAUGUGGCAUUGUCAAAUCUAGAUGCAGCUACUUAUCAGGUCACAUAUCAGUUGAAAAUUCUUACAACAGCAUUAUUUUCUGUGUCCAUGCUUAGUAAAAAAUUAGGUGUGUACCAGUGGCUCUCCCUAGUAAUUUUGAUGACAGGAGUUGCUUUUGUACAGUGGCCCUCAGAUUCUCAAGAACUUGAUUCUAAGGAGCUUUCGGCUGGCUCUCAAUUUGUAGGUCUCAUGGCAGUUCUCAUAGCAUGUUUUUCAAGUGGCUUUGCUGGAGUUUACUUUGAGAAAAUCUUAAAAGAAACAAAACAAUCAGUGUGGAUAAGAAACAUUCAGCUUGGUUUCUUUGGGAGUAUAUUUGGAUUAAUGGGUGUAUACAUUUAUGAUGGUGAGUUGGUAUCAAAGAACGGAUUUUUUCAGGGAUAUAACCGACUGACCUGGAUAGUUGUUGUUCUUCAGGCACUUGGAGGCCUUGUAAUAGCUGCUGUUAUUAAGUAUGCAGAUAAUAUUUUAAAAGGAUUUGCAACGUCUUUGUCCAUAAUAUUAUCAACACUGAUAUCCUACUUUUGGUUACAAGAUUUUGUGCCAACCAGCGUCUUUUUCCUUGGAGCCAUCCUUGUAAUAACAGCUACUUUCCUAUAUGGUUAUGAUCCCAAACUCGCAGGAAAUCCUACUAAAGCAUAGCUACAUACUGUCUUUAACUAGUUUUUCAAGAUGGUGCAGUAGGAAUUUCGACAUUAAUCUUGCACAGAGGACUUCCACAAAUUCUGUAAAGAUAUCAUCAUGCUGAAUCUGAUCAUAUUAUACAUAUGGUUUGAAAAUAUAAAAGUUUAAAGAUAAAAUAUGUGUAUAUGUAACAGAAUGCCUAUUGUAUCUAGAAAUCAAAACUUGAAAGUAUUUCCAGGGAUUAGAAUAAUUAUUGGAAGAAACUUGAAAUCUGUGUUUAAAAAGAUUUUACCUUUUUGAUUGCUGCAGAAAAGCCCUAUGCACUCUUUGCAAGAGCACACAACAAAUAUCAGAUAUCAAUUUUUAUAAAUCAGAUCUAUUUAAUCUUAUUGAAUGUUUUUAUCUUACUCUUUCUGUACAGAUGUAUCAAAUCACAUGGAAUAUUAAACGUUUGAAAAUUAUAAUUAUUAUUACCUACAAAGCUGUGAAGAAAUAGAAGUAUGAUUUGAAAAAACAUUUUCACAUAUCUGAGAUUUUUAUAUUUAUACAAAGGAUUACUUAAAGGAUUGCUAAAUGUUAUUUGUUAAACUACAUAAAAAUUGAUGAAGUAACAUACUGUGUCUGACUUGUCAGAGAAUAAAAUUCUUUUUCAAAUUUGAUGUAGAGCAGUUCACACAUCUAUUUCUCCAUAUACAUUUUGAGACCUUCUGAUGCUUCAAAACUGCUGAAAGCAAUCCAGAUGCUCCUGUGCUAGGUAGUAGCCAGUGCCUUUUAUACUAAUGGAGUUUUGCUGUUAAUCUUCUAAUUGCAUUUCUUUUCUGUAAAUCAGAUAAAUCCUUAAUAUUACUUCAUCAUGUGUAUUAAUUUCCAUUAAAGUUUUAAGAUGUAAUUUAAAGGGAUUAAAUACUCAUUUGGUAAUUUUAAGAUAAAAUAAUUAUUGUGUUGUAUAAUAUCUCUAUUUGGAGAAUUUUGAACUAUCAAGCAUAUACUAUACACAACUAGGAAGUUUUUAAAUGACUAUUUUACUGAUUGA